GUUGUGUGACUGAUUGACAGGCUGGGCUGCAGACGCAGGAAUGUCCAGCGCUCGUUAACUUGGAGCAGUGAUAAAGCGCCAGGGAGACGUGGUUAAUCCUGCUGGAUGAUCCAGAACCAACGCAUAAGGAACUUUUCAUGCAGAAGCUGUUCCAAUGAGCUAUCCUAUGCAGACGGAAAAUUGAUGUAGAGCUAAAAAGAUCUGUGCAAAAUUUUUUGUCCUAUCCUGAUAAGCCUUAAAUCCACUGGUGUUUCUCUGCCACUUUCUGAUUAAAAAGAAAAGAUGAUUGGUUCUACCUCCUGCAUUUACCAUGUAUUUGUUUUGGCCGUUGUCUCAUUUUUGAAUCCAGCUGAUGCAAAUGGUUUCAGAGGGAAUGACAUAUUGUAUGGAAGAAUAGGAACAGAUAUUACCUUGAUGUGCAAUGCUGCAAAUGGCAGGAUUGUUCAGUGGAAAGUUAAUGGGAGCCUAGUGGUGCAAACAAACAGUACCAAAGUACAAAAUGGAAACCUCCUUCUGUUAAUGGCAAGCUUGACUGUGGAAGGAAACUAUAGUUGUCACGGCGAAGCUGGGGAAAUGUUGCAUUCAACUCAAUUAAAACUUGGAUAUCCUCCAAGUAAGCCAUUGGUGCACUGCGAGGCUCAAAACUUUUACAGAAUUUACUGCUCUUUGGAAAAGAGUCACAAGGAAUUCUUUCCCACCAGUUACAUUGCAACCUAUAGGGAUCCGGAGAGCAACGUUUGGAAUUGCACGACACAAGUACCUAGUAAUAUUUGUCAAAUAGACAAUCCUGAAUUAUUUUCACCCAUCCCAUAUGUAAUAAAUAUAACGGCUGUCAAUCCAGUUGGCCACAGGACCACACUGUUAGAAAUUUUAACACCAGACAUUGUUCAGCCAGAUCCACCUUCGAAUGUAAAAGCUGAGCCUGUUUUUGGAUCUUCCAGAAGAAUAAAAGUCCAGUGGAACUAUCCAUUAUCAUGGAGUCCACAUUUUGAAUUAAAAUUCAUCAUGGAAUAUAAACUUCAGCAAAACAACUUCAUGUCUAGGAUGGAGACAAUCGAGAAAGAAGAAACUAUUACUGAUGCCAUCACUGCUCAACUGUAUGUGAUUCGUGUUAAAGCAAAGGAUUCUUUAGACUUUGGGAAGUGGAGUGACUGGAGUUCUGAAGUAUUUGUCACUACAUGGAGUGAAAUUAUCCCAACCACUAUCCCUGCAUUUACAAUGGACUACAUGGACUCUCACAGUCAACAAACAGUAUUUGCCUCUUCUCCGACUUCAAUACUUUUAGAUCCUGAUGUGUUGGAUAAGGACGCUGUCAUAUUGAUCUCAAUUGCCAUCUUGGUUGGACUACUCACAAUAACGACCGUGUUUGUGUUAUGGGUCAGAAAGAAAAAUCAAGAAGCACAUGAGGCCAACGUUUUGAUGAAGAAGACACUACCAUAUUUUUAAUGAAUUUGGCUAUAUUAUCAUAGCCUAAUGUCACAAAUUGUUUGAUGCGGUUUGGUUUCUGCCGCUAAGUUUGGUUUUUGAAAAGCAGAAUUUAAACACGAUGAACUCAACAACCAAAAAACAUCUGCUUGUUAUCAGAAGAAAAAUGUUGGCAGCUUCCGAAGACUAACAAAGGAUAACUAUCAGAAAGAAUGUGGCGAGUCUUCAGAUCUGCAUCGUGUCGCAAAAUGUCCGCAGUGUACAGAAGAAAAAAUCAUUCUUAAUUUUAACUGUCUCCGUUACCUGCAACCACAAGAUACCGUACAACUGUUGCAGCAGGAAGUUGGAGCUAAGUGCUAAGGAAAUAGUGAUUAUUACGUGUAAAAGUCUGAGCCAGUUUUGGUCUUUGCUUACUUUAAAGCUCUUGACCAUUUGAGUAUAGAAUCACAUCUGUAAAGUAUUUUCUGUGACUUUUUAAUUGCAAAGGAGAAAUGCUCUGUGUUGCACAGGUGUUGAUGUACAUCGAAGGGAAAAGACAUAAGAUGCGGAUUAUGUACAUCGCUGCUUUUUGUCUGUGCAGCCUUGCUCAUUUCUGUAGAGCAUAAACUAUACAUAAAAUUAACCGUUAGAGAGCAGGAGUGCUGUUAGUUUAAUAUUUUUGCACAAAUUGUGCUUGAAAUCAAACAUUUUAGAUAAUAGCCAUAAAAAUUAAAGGUGGCUUAAUGAUUCGGGUUCCUAACUUUUUUGUUCUUUAUUAUUGAAAUGUCAAAUUGCAUCAAUUUAAUUGUGGCUGCUGCUCUUCAAUCAAAAGAAUACCUUGCCAAAGCAUGGUGAUGAUUUAGUAAGACAUUUAAAUGUCUAUUUAAUGGAGAUAUUUCCAAAUUGGUUCAAUUUCUGUACAAAUUUAUUUCACACGCUCAUCACGUAAACACGCAUACAAGCUGUACAAAGUUUGAGCAAAAUACUUUCUUGAAAAAUGUGGUUAACUCUGUAAUUUUCCUGAUACAGUAAAAUUUGCUUGGUCAUCCAGGUUGAAAAGCACGUUUAAAAAUUGGCUUUUUAAAGCUUUUUUUAAACCCAGUGAAUCCACCAAAACAAGAGUACUUUCAUUAAACGAAAAUGUGCCAUCUGAAAAACAUUGUAAAAUAAUUGUUAUCCUUCACUAAAAUUGCCAGUAUUGCUAAAUAUGAAAUAUCAUGUUUUCUGUGUAUAAUUUCAAUAUUAUUGAUUUCUCGCCAAUAUUUUGAGGAAAUUUAUGCUUUUUAAUACAAAUCUAGAAAUUACUAUUGAAGGUCUUGGAGAUAUUAAAACUGUUUGCAACAUCAGUUUUUAAGUUGUGAAUGAGCCAAACAACGAGAUCUGCCAUUAUAUCUAUAUUGUAGCAAAAUUGCUUGAUGGGCAGAAUCAAAUAACAACCUGAGGGCAAGCCGCAAUGAAGGAGUAGGUCAGAUGUUCAAAACCUUGGUCUAAACUAUGGGAUUUAUGAAGGUCAGAGGAAGAAAUGGAAACAGAAGGAAAUUCAGAUUGUCGGGCCUUGGCAGAUGAAGACUGGUGGUGAGAAUAUUUAAUCAUUUUAAGUUUAUGGGAAGUUGAGCAAGAAAAAUCAGAUGUUCAUUGGAAAAGUUGAGAGGUAUCAAAGGAUGAUGGAGACCAAAAAUGGUGGUUUCAUCUCCUGUCUUUAAUAGGAGGAAUGUGUGCUGAUCCAGCACAUUGAAAGGCAGUCUGACAAUUUAGAGACAGUGAAUGGCAUAAGAAAGGCAGUUAUUUCCCCCCCCCCCCUCCCAGUAGGUAGCCCUCAAUGCACGUUAUAUAAUUGUUAACCACAAAUUAGCAUUGCCGUAUAAAUGAGUUUAAAAAUCAGUUACUAAGCAGUUGGUGCAAGGAGAAAAGGCACUUGUCUGAGUAUGGUCUACUUUCUGUUGUGAAGCAACUAGUGCAUCUUGGAUGGGAAAAUGAAACUUAUACUGGCCAACAUCUGUCAAUUAUUUGUCAUAGAGUUGGCUGCAUUAAUUGCAAGAUCAUAACUGUCAAGUGAGUCGCUAUGAAACUCUUCUACUAACCAACCAGUCGGCUUGCUUCUACCAGAAGAAUAUCUCAAUAGACAAUAGGUGCAUGAGUAGGCCGUUUGGCCCAUCGAGCCAGCACCACCAUUCACUGUGAUCAUGGCUGAUCAUUCACAUUCAGUACCCCGUUCCUGCCUUCUCACCAUAUCCUGACUCUGAGCUUUAUCCAACUCUCUCUUGAAAGCAUCCAGAGAAUUGGCCUCCACUGCCUCACUGAUCUCAUGAAUGGUUAGGUUUGAAAACGUUAGCAUCAAGGACUAAAUUGAUAAACUAAGUUGCUAAUAUUUCAUUUAUGCCAUACAGAUAUUGUCAUUCUGAGCAGAGAAGAGGCCAAUUGAGCAAUGUGCUUUGACUGUUUUCUAGAAGUUAUCAGUCAAAUUCCUUUUGAAGUAUCUCUAAUUCUAGAUAGCUUUAUUGUUGAACAUUUGAUAUUGAUAAAAAAUAUAGCU